GUGGGAGGUAUGGAGCCGAGCCCGGGGACCGGAGCAGAAGGUGGUCCGCCAGCGCCCCGGCUGCGCCGCCGCCGCUCCCUGCGCCGCCUGCUCAGCCGCUUCCUGCUGGCCCUGGGCAGCCGCUCCCGCCCGGAGGAUUCGCCGUCCUGGCCCCGGCGCCAGCCGGAACACUGCGAUGGCGACGGUGACGGGGACUUUGCCUGUGCCCCGGCCCCGGCUCCAGCCACUCCCGGAAGCCCAGGUGGGGAGCGCCCGCCGGGACUCCAGCCCCAGCUCCCCGUCGGCGAUGGGGCAAGGCCCCCGGGCGUACAGGGCUUGAAGAACCACGGCAACACCUGUUUCAUGAACGCCGUGGUGCAGUGUCUCAGCAACACCGACCUGCUGGCCGAGUUCCUGGCGCUUGGGCGCUACCGGGCGGCGCCCGGCCGCGCGGAGGUCACCGAGCACCUGGCGGCGCUAGUGCGCGCCCUCUGGACACGCGAAUACACCCCACAACUUUCCGCAGAGUUCAAGAAUGCGGUUUCCAAGUACGGCUCGCAGUUCCAAGGCAAUUCCCAGCACGACGCCCUGGAGUUUCUGCUGUGGCUGCUGGAUCGUGUGCACGAGGACUUGGAGGGCUCCUCCAGAGGGCCAGGGUCCGACAAGCUGCAGCCCGAAGCCAGUCAAACCUCGGAGAACCACCUGUCACCAUCGGGUCAGCUUUCUCUAGGUCAGAGCUUUGUGCAAAGCCACUUCCAAGCCCAAUAUAGGUCUUCCUUGACUUGUCCCCACUGCCUGAAACAGAGCAACACCUUUGACCCUUUCCUAUGCGUGUCACUACCGAUCCCCUUGCGCCAGACAAGAUUCCUGAGCAUCACCUUGGCCUUCCCCUCUAAGAGCCAGCAGUUCCUGCGGGUUGGCCUGGCCGUGCCGAUCCUCAGCACAGUGGCAGCCCUAAGGAAGAUGGUGGCGGAGGAAGGAAGCGUCCCUGUGGAUGAGGUGAUCUUGGUUGAGCUGUACCCCAGUGGACUCCAGCGGUCCUUCUCUGAUGAAGAGGACCUGAACUCCAUUGCAGAGGAAGACAACGUGUACGCCUUCCGAGCCCCCCCACCACCUGGCCAGGAGGUACUCUCAGCUCAUCCGCCUGGUGUGUCCAUCUCUCCUCGCUUGGCAGCCCGAGAGGGUCAGCGACUGUCCCUGCCCGCUCACAGUGAGAACAAGGUGCUAGUCCUCUUCUGCAACCUGGUGGGGUCAGGGCAGCAGGCUAGCAGAUUUGGGCCACCCUUCCUGAUUAGGGAAGACAGAACCAUUUCCUGGGCCCAGCUCCAGCAGUGCAUCCUCAGUAAUGUCCGCUACCUCAUGAAGAGUGAGGCCCCGGGACAGCAGAACCCAGGGUCGCUGUUCUCCAUCCGGGUUGUGGGGCAGUCCCUGGCCUGGAGCUACUUGUCCCCACAGGACAGCAGGCCCCUCUGUCACUGGGCAGUCGACAGGGCUUUGCACCUCAGGAAGCCAGGAGGCCCCCCACAUGUCAAACUGGCCGUCGAGUGGGACAGCUGUGUCAAGGAGCGCCUGUUCGGGAGCCUGCAGGAGGAGCGGGUCCAGGAGGCUGACAGUGUGUGGCGGCAGCAGCAGGCACACCAGCAGCACAGCUGUACCUUGGACGAAUGUUUUCAGUUCUACACCAAGGAGGAACAGCUUGCCCAGGACGAUGCGUGGAAGUGCCCCCACUGCAAAGCCCUCCAGCAGGGCAUGGUGAAGCUGAGUCUGUGGACCCUGCCCGACAUCCUCAUCAUCCACCUUAAAAGGUUCUGUCAAGUGGGCGAGAGAAGAAACAAGCUCUCCACACUGGUGAAGUUUCCCCUCUGCGAUCUCAACAUGGCUCCUCACGUAGCCCAGAGGAGUGCUGGUGCCAAGCCCACGCCUGGCCCCUGGCCCUCCUGGAAGCAGCCAGCCUGCCUGCCCACCAGCUACCCACUGGACUUCCUGUACGACCUGUAUGCUGUCUGCAACCACCACGGCAGUCUGCAAGGUGGGCAUUACACAGCCUAUUGCCGGAAUUCUCUGGAUGGCCAGUGGUACAGUUAUGACGACAGCAUGGUGGAGUCACUGCUAGAAGACGAAGUCAUUACCCGCGGGGCUUACAUCCUGUUUUACCAGAAACGGAACAGCAUCCCUUCCUGGUCAGCCAGCAGCUCUGUGAGAGGUUCCACCAGCUCCUCCGUGUCCGAUCACUGGCUCGUGAGGCUCGGGAGCUGCAACAGCAGCCUGAGGGGCAGCCCGUUGUCCUGGAACCCUGCCCCCGGCCCCUCCCAGCCCCAGGUGCCCAACACCCCCACUGUCACAGACAGCCCCUCCAGUCAGAGAAAGGGAGGCCCGGAGUCCAGGCCUUUGGUACGAGGUGUAAAAGGCCGAAGCAUCAGCAUGAAGGUGCCCACUCCUUCCCGAGACAAGCAGGGGACCUUCACCACCAUGCCCCUUCGGUGGUCUUUUGGACGCAGAGAGAAGCCACUCGUGGCAUCUGUCGAGUUGGUGGAGUACUUGGAGUCCACACGGAGACCCCGAUCUACGAGCCGGUCCAUCGUGCCACUGCUGACGGGUGCCGCUGGCGGGGGUGAGGAGGCAACUGUGCUGCGGUCAAACACCACUGUUUCUGCUAAGGGUGGAGACGGGGAGCAAGCCAACAAGAGAACACUGGCUGGAGCACCCUGCCCGUCGGGCCACCUUAGCCACCAUGCAGUCCCUGGAACCUCGGAUGGUCUAAACACAGCAAGGAAACCCAAGGAACAUGCCAGCCAGGAUGCCAGGGUUCCCAAGCAGUUUGACCUGCCUUUCACGGUCAUGCCCUCAGCAGAGAAUGAGAGAGCAGUCCAGCCGAAGGACCAGAGGACUGCGAACUGGAAGGGAACAGGCCAGGCGGGGACCAGCGGCAGAGCGCCUUCCCCCAAGGAGGCGUCAAGCACUGUGGCGAGUGCAGACACUUGUCAAAAUUCCUCAGCAAAGGUCAGGGCUGAGGUGGAGGGAAGGGACUCCGAGAUAUACAGACUCUCACAGAGGACCCUCACCCUUCUGAGGUCGGUGUUUUGGAAGGAGAACAAGAAGAGUGGCAGGGCUGAGGUAGCCCCCUGGGUGGCCCCAGUCUCCCCAGGGAGUGGCAGGCUGAGCCCAGCUGUGAGUGAGCAGACUCCAGUCUCGCCCUCUUGCCCGAGGGUGUCAGACAGCCUGGCCAAGGGCCUGGCCAGCCACCUGGAGGGCACUGUCCGGUCUGCGCCCAGCUCCCUCCACCUCCCACGCAAGGCCAGCCUGACCCCGAGGGCCAGUGUCCUAAGCACAUCUCAGAGGAGUGUUCCCGGGGAGCAGACUUCCUUGGGGACCUUGAAAAAGGUGAAAUACCACACUCUUUCCUUAGACCGAAAGAAAACAUUACCAGAGUCCAGCUUUUGACAAGGCAGUCCAGUGUUGUGUAAAGCUGGUGUUCUCUCAACUCCACACUGUGCAGCUGCAGGCAGCCUGUGAUUUUGGGGAGCCACUUGUCUUGUGACCCCUGAAAAAUAAAAAUUUUUUGGGUCUGCACUUCUAGAUUUCCAACACCUCAUAUCCAAUUAUCCUCCUGUGUUGCUGGCUGCUUUUAUCCUUACAGGACACUAGAGAGCACUGUUGGGCCAUCAUUACUAUUUCAGGGCAGGAACUGUGGCUGUGUUUAAAUAGUUCCAGGGCCUGAGAACCUGUGCUAAACAGUGAUUGGAUGUGGGCAAACCUUACACCAUAACUCUGUGGGGAAGCCUAGUUGGUAUGAAUCUUAAGUAUCAAAUCAAAUAUUGUCAUUUGCUUCUCCUAUUUCAUUUUUUUUUGUGUGUAUUUUAAAUAGUUGAAAACAGGAAAACCUUUCUGUUUUAAUGCUUCUCUGAGAUAAAACAUUAAAGAUGCAAAAACAAACCAGAAGUGGUAGAAACCAGAAGGGCAGUUACUACUGCCCUCUUCUAGGAGAGCGAGAUGAUGGAGAUUUUAGGAGACUCUUUAAUGGGUAACAAAAUACUGUAUUAAAGGUUUUCAGGGUAUUUAAAAAAGGUAACUAUUUUGAUACUAGGACAAAAGGAAGUUUUGUUUUUUUUUUAAAGUUGAAGUAUGAGAUCUAUAUACAGUUUUAAUAAAAGCCCGUCAGUGAAACACA